AUGUUGGAUCUCAAUCUUGGUAUCACCUCUAGCGAUUCAUCUUGUGAUGAUAACAACAAGAAUAAUAUGAUGGUAAUUGUUGAUGUUGAGAACCACCAAGAACAAGAAGAAGCUUCAAAGACUCAACAAAUGGAAGAUUCAGCUACCUCAAACUCCUCCAUUAUCAACACUACUGAAGAAGAGAACUCCUCAAACAACAGUAACUCUGCUUUCAUUUUUGAUAUCUUGAAGAAAGAUGAAAACUUCACUAAGACAACCACCAUUAAUGCUCCAAAAGGAACAAACCCAAACUGCGAUUUCACGGCCCAACAACUUUUUCCUGAAAGAAGCGCGCUGGAAUUGAAUUUGCAGCCAGGAUUGGCUGUAUCAUCAGCUACAAGACCUCAGUGGUUGAGGCUUUCACAGACGGGGUCUAGUGGGGAGGCGGAGCUGAAAGUUGUGCAGCAAAAACAGCAGCAAGUGAGGAAGAGUAGGAGAGGACCAAGGUCUAGAAGCUCACAGUAUAGAGGAGUGACGUUUUACAGGAGAACUGGGAGAUGGGAGUCACAUAUAUGGGAUUGUGGGAAGCAAGUAUAUUUAGGUGGAUUUGACACUGCUCAUGCUGCAGCAAGGGCAUACGAUCGAGCUGCAAUUAAGUUUCGGGGAGUUGAUGCAGAUAUCAACUUUAGUUUAAGUGAUUAUGAGGAAGAUAUGAAGCAGAUGGAAAGCCUUAAUAAAGAAGAAUUUGUUCACAUUCUUCGUCGCCAAAGCACCGGUUUCUCACGAGGUAGCUCAAAAUACAGAGGUGUAACUCUUCACAAAUGUGGCAGAUGGGAAGCUCGAAUGGGGCAAUUCCUUGGAAAGAAGUGA